GAAGCUUGGGAGCUCUGGUUCAUAAUGGCGGCCAAGGAAGCGAUUGUGAAAUUUCUCCGUUAAAAACACAUCAAAAAAUCAUCCAAAUUAAUGUUACCUGGACUCCAUUCAGCUAUGUAGGAACUGGAAAUCUCAUGGGGUUUCGUUAAGAAAGCUUCAACAACUGGUGUGGUGUUAUCUCUGUGAAUAAAAGUGGCAGGUUUAUGAUAUGGUUUCAACAACUUCCACACCGACUCCAACAACACAAACAACUUCUUCUUCAUCAUUUUAUCUGCUGCGAAAUGAUCCUCCUGCGACGACUUCAAGUGACACAACGACUGGAAGCGAAAAUCUUCUCGUCCAUCAUGGACUCGAGCAAGUUUACCAAAAAUUCUGCAGUAAAAAAGUCAAAGAAAGUCUAAGUGCUUUUUUACCUCACGUACCAGGGUAUAUUGAUGAGAAAGGAAAUCCAGAUAAUAGCCUAAGGUCAGUGAUUGACAAGCCUCCAAUUGGUGGAAAAGAGCUGCUUCCUCUCCCCACCCAUGCCUUGUCUGGCUUUCGGCUUAACCCUGGACCAAUUCCAGAACAGUUUCGGUUUGUAAACCAACAACCAGUAAAAAAGAAACAUAAACACAAGAAACACAGGAGUCAGGAGACUGAUAUUAAAACUCCAAUUGAUUCUACUAUAGCUCCCUCCAAAGCAGAAACAAGUCACGAUUCAAAGAAACACAAAAAACAGAAAAAACAUGAAGAUGGAGAAAGAAAGAAAAAGAAAAAAGAGAAAAAAAAGAAAAAGAGACAUACCCCUGAGCCAGUACCUCCAAAAGGAUUACCAAUGGGUGGGGUAUAAAGACCCACUACAUACAGUCAUAUAGUUCCAUUGUAUUAAAGAAUAUAAUAACACUAUUAUAAUAUUGAAUAAUACAGUCAAGCUUUUGUAUAUUUGUCUUACUAAAAGAACCAUGUAACAUUGUAAGUAUGUCUUAAAAAGACAGAUAAUAUUAAAAUAGAAAAACAAUGUCAGUGUUUUAGGCUGUCAAGGGCAUGCAUUCCUUGCCAUCAGGAGACCAAUGAAGGAGCAAUGUUUGUGCCUUCAUGUUGGUAGCCUCCUGUGCCGAUGUUCAAAUUAGGGUCAUCACAAAAGUCAUCUGCAUAAGAGGCUAUAGACAAAUAUUAUGCUUUCUUUUCCACAUUGGACAUCAAAUUUAUUCUUUUCAAUUUCAUUAGGGGAAAAUAUAAAAUUUAUUAGAUUAAAUAGAUAGUCAUGUUUAUAGAUAGUCAAACUUCAGCAAUAGAUUUCUUUAGCUUGGGCAUAAUGUUUCCCCAUUUUAGACCAUAUGUCAUACUCUUGAGAAUAAAAAUGAAAUGUUCUUUGUUUUGUCAUAUCCAUGAUGCCAUGUGUUUUCUCAUGUGCAAGUGUUACACAAAGAAAUUAUAUCUGUACUAAGAAAAUGACAUGUGGUCUGGAAUGGGAUAACAUUACACCCCAGAGUUGUCUUCAUUUUGGUUCAGCAGAUAUCCUUUUGAUACUGUAACAGUAAUACUGCGCUACUCCAGUGUGUUCAGAAAUGACAGACAGAUUUUUCUCUCAACAAAAUCUAUAGACUAGUUGCUAUUUAGUUCAGAAGAACCAUUUUGGUUCAUACAGUGUACCUAACAUUCUCUGCUGGUGUCUCUCUUAUUUUACUAUUUAGUGCUCGAGAUAACUGUGUGAUUAAGGAGGGAAGAGGGGGCUUGGUGAAAAGAUCCUUGGUCACAUUCAGUCUCGACCUUGAGUCCCCCAGCACCUUCUUGCUUCAUCAUCAGUGCCAAAUCAUGCAUUGAACAAAAAUCUGGAAGACUCUGGGCAAGACUGAAAGGGUCACAUUGAUCUAUAUACCACAGGUAGCCCACCAAGGAAACAAAUGUCUAACCUUAAAACAGACAGAUGCUUAGCACAAUCACAUACGGCCCUAGACUGAAACUGUUUUUCUUAUCAACUCAAGUACAAAUAUUUGUGUAAAUAAACUAUCUUAUUUAGUUAUCA